AUGAGUGACAAUGCUCACAGAAAUCAUAUGGCAAUCGAUAGGAGUGAGUUACAAAGCUAUAUUGCUGGACAUUCAACAACAAUUGAUGCCGCCUCAUUUGUCGGGCUGGAACUGAACGAUCAUCAGACUUGUGCUGACACUACAGUCACAUUUGAUGACGAGGGCACGGUGACACAACACAACCAAGAUCCCUUUGCGAAUAUAAGGGGUCGCGCCGAUGCCAGAACAAUAUUUCAAGAGACAAUCGAUGGUGAAGUACCAAGUACAGUUGAACACGUAUCAAACGAUCAGAUUGACAAUGAUUUGGAUGCUCAUUCUGUUGUCACAAUGGACAGUGAGCGAACGAGCAAUGCUGGCAAGGCACAAGAUCCCUUCGCGAAUAGAAGGGGCCAUGAGGAUGCAAGAAGCGUAACUCAUGAGACAAAUGAUGAAGUGCGUUCAUCGAACGAAAUGGAGGAGGAGGACAUCAUUUCGGAAGCAAGUCUUGUACGGCCUCAUCAUGAUCCCAGACCGGCCCUGUAA